GCCAUAACCAAACAUGCUCUAAAUGUUCUUUGAAAUUGUGUCGUUUCCGUCAUGCACGGUCUUCCAUUGCUAAACAAAGGUAUGGGAAUUAGGAAAGUUGAGCAAAACUUUCAUUUGCACUACCUUCUUGGCUUCUUCCCUUUUCGGCCAACCCAUAUGACAGUAGAAGCGGAAUACAGUAUAGAGAAAAUCGUACAGAAAGUUCAAGGGCUUAGAGGCUGGUUGGGGGAAGGUAGGCUACCAUUUUCAGCUUUUUUACCAUCCUCUUGUACCCUUAAUUCGACUUCCAAUCAUGAUUUGCUUAUCUGGGUAGCCUUUGAAAUACCUUGAUUUGAUUUUUCUGUUUCUGGAUUUAUCUUUCUGUCUUUGAAUUCUAUUGAAGAAAUAAUGGAUGACUCUAUACGUCUGCCCUGUCCUAGUGGGGAACUAUUCAAUCCUGUUCUCACAAUGGGCACCCAGAUUUCAUGCCUUCUUGUGAUCUCCCACUUUUUUCAGCUUUUGUUGAAGCCCUUAGGCCAACCCGGACCCGUCGCUCAAAUUCUUGCAGGGUUCGUGCUAGGUCCCUCUGGGUUGUCACAUAUUGAUAAAGUCAAAAAGUUCUUCUUUCAAAAUUUUGCUAUAGAUUACUAUGAAACCAUGGCACUAUAUGCUAGAAUCAUUAUCAUGUUUCUGAUUGGGCUUGAGAUGGAUUUUCCUUAUAUAAAGCGCAACUUGCGUGUCGCAAGCAUUAUUGCUGGAGGAAGCUGCUUUGUUUGUACAAUCUUUGCCAUAGCUGUUACCUCCUUUAUAUACGAAGAGACUGGAGCACAUGGUUCUGCAGUCAUGAUGGCCUUAACAAUAGCUGUGAUCUUAGCUAACACAGCAUCACCUAUUGUGGUUCGUUUGGCUGCUGAACUCAAGUUUGCAAGUUCAGAUAUUGGGCGGUUGGCCAUAUCUUCCUCAUUGAUUGGUGAUGUCUAUGCUGUAUUUUUGUUGAUCGUAAUUUCAAGAAACAAACAUAAAUACGACUUCUUCUUAUGGAUCAUGUUGGGCAUUCUCUAUUUCCUUAUUGUUGUAGCAGUAAUAGUUCUCAAUAUAUAUGUCACCAAUUGGCUGAACCGGAGGAAUAGGAAUCAGAAAUAUCUCAAAAACACUGAAAUCCUUGGUCUUUUGGCAAUUGUUAUUGUUGCUGCUACAGCACUUGAAACUAUGGGUUUCAGCAGCAUAAUAGCUUGUUUAAUCAUUGGAUCGAUGUUUCCUAGAGGAGGCAAAGCUGCUCGGACGCUCUUGAUUAAACUCUCAUACUCGGUUAACAACUUCAUACUCCCAAUCUACUUUGGCUACUCUGGAUUCAGGGCAGAUGUUACUUUUAUAAACAGUUUCAGUAACUUUGCCAUAGUUGUCAUAGUUAUCUUGUUGAGCAUUGGUGGAAAAAUUACUGGCACACUUGCUGCUUGCGUUCACCUAAAGAUUCCACUAAAUGAGGGGGUUCUUCUUGCUUUCUUAAUGAACUUGAAGGGCCAUGUUGACUUGCUGACUUUGACCAUUGGCUUAGAGAAUAAAGUCAUGUCCAGCAAUACAUUCUAUAAUUUGAUGUUGGCAGCAGUCGUAAUCAAUUCUUUGAUUUGGGGGCCACUACUAGCUUUCAUGGUAAAAAGAGAAAGUGAUAUCCUAGGUUAUAGGCAUAUAGCUUUUGAAUCACAAAAUCCAGAGAGUGAGUUGCGACUAAUAGCAUGUGUGCAUGGUCCACGAUCUGUGGCAACCAUGGCGGGACUGAUUGCAGCAUCUAAGGGGCCUGAAAAUGUUUCUGUAAGUCCUUAUUUGAUGCACCUUAUCGAGCUUCCUGAGAAAAACAAAACCAAUUUAAUGUAUCAUCAAAAAGAAGAAGACGAAAUUAGUGAUGAUGAUGAUUAUGGCGGUAAUGAUGUGGUGGAAAUCAAUGAGGCAGUGGAUAUCUUUAGUGCUGAAUCUGGAGUGAUGAUUCAUCAAGUCAAAGUUGUUUCUCCCUAUACAACCAUGUAUGCAGAUGUGUGUGAAUAUGCUAAAGAGAUAAGAGCUUCUAUUAUUAUCCUUCCUUUCCACAAACACCAGAGAAUUGAUGGAAAGCUGGAAAGUGGCAAGGAGGGCAUAAGGAUUACUAAUCAAAAAGUGCUUCGACACGCCUCAUGUUCGGUUGCCAUUCUCAUUGACCGUGGACUCACAGCUGCUGGUUCGCGUACAUCUAGUUCUGAAUCAUUGCACCAUAUUGCAACUUUAUUUUUUGGUGGACCAGAUGAUCGUGAGGCAUUGGGAUUCAGUAGAAGACUUGGAAUGCACCAUCACAUAAACCUCACAGUUAUUAGGUUCCUCCAUACAUCUGAAAGAAGGCAAACUAUGGGGGUAAAUAUUGCCCAGAACAAAGAGGAUGUUUUGAUGGCAAUAUCAGAUCACGAGACAGAAAGCAACAUAGACAGUGCCUUCCUGACCGAUUUCUACAAUAGGUAUGUAACGACUGGUCAAGUGGGAUACGUAGAGAAACACGUGGAAAAUGGUGCCGAUACAGCAUCUGCCCUGAGGGACAUGGCAGACAUGUAUUCACUGUUUAUUGUUGGAAAGGGUGGUCGAGAUCACUCAAUUUUAACAACGGGUAUGAGUGAUUGGGAAGAAUGCCCUGAGCUAGGUAAGGUAGGGGAUUUGUUGGCAUCUUCAGACUAUGAUGUUAGUGGUUCAGUUUUAGUCAUCCAACAACAUAGACCUUCAAAGGACGCCAAUCAUCAAUAGAAAUGAUAAGAUGCUGAUGAACGGUUUUCAGAUGAAUCCCUACCGUCUCAUGUACCAUGCAGUGAUUGUCGAGAAGCUUCAAAAUAUUGAGAAAUUACAGUCGGUAAAUCUCUGGGAAGAUCAUAAGCUAAAAACCUUGCUCAUUUAUAUUCAAGUUACAGUUGAUCAAUCUCUUGGAACAUGCUUCCCGUGGCCCUUACAAUGCAUAGCAUAGUAUGUAUAUUCAUCAUGCAACACGAGAAGAAGACUUCUUUCGUUUGUUUCUGAUUUUUUCAUCUUCACUGGUAGAAUAGAAGAAAAAUCUAAUGUGAAAGUGCUAGAUCUUGUGUAUAGAUUUUUUCUAGCUUUAUAGAAUGAAGAUUGGUUGUAAAGAGACUAGAUCUUAUAUAUUGA